AUGAAACUGAACCGUGGCCGUGGGAGAAGCCUUUCUUCGGUCAUUUCCCGUUUUCGCCGCACCGUCGUUCGUGUGUCUACCGCUAUACAGCUGCGUCGACGAGACGAACAGAUCGCCCCCCAGCCUGUCCCCUGCCCCCCACAGACUAUGGAUGCGCGUCCCAACUUCGAAUCCGCGGCCAACGAGGAGCAUCCCGAGACGUGCAACGCCGGGUUGGACGGUAGCCUUGACGUUGAUAUCCUCGAAUGGUAUCCGCGCUACCAGAGCUGCCAGCGGUACUUUCUAGACCAUGCACAGCAUAGCGGGCCCGUCCAGGCCUUGUCUUCUUUCCUGAACAUCAAACUCCCUUUCCAGCAGCCCGAUCCGACCUUCACCUCGAGAUCUUCGGUACCCGCAGAAUCCGCACCCCCCUCUCUUCCAGGUACCGCCAACCCUUCAUCACCGACGGUUUCCUUGAUCCCUUACGUUCGCCGCCUGGUCGCUACCGGUAUGGACUUCCCCGGUGUCCUCCAUGGCUUCUUCGGAGACGACUGGGUGGCAGGAGUCGGGCCUCUUCAUGAACAAGAACGUCAGAACUACCUGUUUGCCGCCAAAAGUGGCGGCUGGGCCUCUGUGAAAAAGGACUACGACAUGCCUCCCCACGAGACUAUUCCUUUCUUACGGCCACUCCAGGGAUCAUCUGAUGCGGAGAUCGAGGCUGCAGAGCAUCGCUGGAGUGAGUGGCUCGCAAUGGAAGAUUGGAUGCUGGGGCCCCGAGCUCCCAGUGCUUAG